GUAGUGGAGAGUGUCUGGGACAUGGUUAUAUGUUGAACAGUCGGUACCAGGUGGUCUAUCCCUUCCCCACCUUCCAGCCUGCCUUCCAGCUGAAGAAAGACCAGGUGAUCUUCCUCAACACCUCCUAUUCCCUGGUGGCCUGCUCUGUGUCCCUCUGUCCAGCAGGUGAGCAGGGUCAUUCCUCUCAGAUCCUGUUCAGAAAGAGAGCCACAGCCCCCACCUUAGAACAUCAAACUCCUCCAUCGCCCUCUUCAUCCUCUUCCUCUCACGGGUCUCCCGACAGCCGCCUGCUAACCGCCAAACCAAGCCCCGCCCCUCUUUCACCUAGCCAAUCACAAGCUGCCGCCCGGGCGCGAGAGUUCGCCGCCGACCUCUUCAGACGUGCCCAGGGAGGAGGGAGAGAAAACGAGGGAGGGGAGAGGAGAGGGAAACCGGAGGGAAGCGAAGUAGGAGAGGAGGCCGUCGUGACUGAGAGAGAAGGGGUGAGCGUGGAGAGGGACAGUGAACAGAGGGAAGACGCACAGACGGAUCAACUGACUAGCGCACCACAGACUUCCACUUCAGCUGGGAACCAAAGCUUGUUGCGACCUUUGCAGGAGGACUCUAUUCAGUGUAGUGCGGUGACGUCUCCUGCCUCCUCCUCCUCUUCCACCCCCACUCCUCAUUCUUCUCAGGAAGCAGGCUGCAGCGAGCCGGGAUAUGUCAACUACACCCGCUUGCAGUACCGCAUGCCACAGCCGGGGGCGCCAGAGCAGGAUGCAGGAGGUUAUGAGGAUGAUAAGGUCCAGCUGCCCUUCACUGUGACUGACCUGAAGGGACGCAACCUACAGCUGGUCACUGGGCCCCACAACGGACAGAGUGUGUGUGUGGAGCAGUUGACUCUGGACUUUGAGUACCUGAUCAACGAGGUGAUCCGGAGCGACGCCCGCUGGGCUGCUCAGUUCUGUUCCUUCAACGACUACGACGUUGUUAUACUGGAGGUGUGUCCAGAGACUAACACAGUGGUGAUAAACAUUGGGCUGCUGCUUCUGGCGUUCUCCAACCCUGAAGAGGAACACUGCAGGCCCAACACCUACCACUCCAGUCUGCAGGUGAGCUGGGACCUCAAUACAGGAGUGUGUCACACCGUCGGGGUCGGUGACCUCACUGAGGUCAAGGGUCAGACCAGUGGCAGUGUAUGGAGUUCGUACAGGAAGUCUUGUGUGAACACAGUGAUGAAGUGGCUGGUACCAGAGAGCAGCUCUCGUUACAUCAACCGCAUGACCAACGAGGCCCUGCACAAAGGUUCCUCUCUACAGGUGUUGGCUGACAGCGACCGGAGUACCUGGAUCAUACUAUGAGGGACAACAGAGGGGUGUCCUGACACCAGAGGCUCGGACUGUCACACACACCCAUCCACACACCGACACACAUACAGCAAGCCUGUUUAGCUGCUACAGUAACAGUCAUAGGAUCCCUCUCAAAUGGCACCCUAUUCCCUCCUAUUCCUCCCUAUUCCACAUGUGGUGCACUACGUUUCCAUUAUGCCUGUGGUGAAAAGUGGUGCUCUAUAUAGGACCUUCAGACUCCACUCUGGACCUGGAAACCAGUUCCACUGUUCCCCUCUAAUCAGGGACUGAUUUAGACCUGGGACACCAGGUGGGUGUGCAAUUAAUGAUCAGGUAGACCAGAAAGCAGGCUCCGGACCUCGUAGGGUCAGAGUUGAAAACCCCUGAUUUAGGGAAUAGGGUGCCAUGUUGUCAUGACUCAGUUACGACAUGUCGCCAACUUGAAUCUGUGCACCUGCCUCUGUGUGUGAUAUUGUCGGAUGGAAGAAAUGAGGCAUUGUGUUUUCCACAUGUUCUGUUUUUGUUUGACGAUAUAAUGUAACAUCAUUUGCACCCAUGGAUCCGGAGCUGGACUGAACAAAGAUGAUUUUACUGUGGGUUUUUAGUUCGGUUUGUUUGGUGUAAUUUUCCGUUUUAUGACUGUGUGUGAGAGAGAGAGAGAAGUUGUGUGGUCCUCAUGCCUCUGAUUCUGCUGCUGUUCACGCAACCUAAAGGCCACUCCUCUAAACCAGCUUUGUCCAGGUCUGUCUGACUGCAACAGGGCCUACACAUGAACCGGGAAACCAAUCCUGUUAUUUGUCGCUCUGGAGUGACUGACGUUCCCCCUAGGUACAGAUCUAGGAUCAGCUUCCCCUCCCCCAAUCCUAACCUUAACCAUUAGUGGGGGGUUAAACUGACUGCAGAUCAGUGUCUAAGGGAAACUUCACCAUCGACAGAUUUCUUCUUGGACUGCGUCCAACAUGGCUCCCUAUGUAGUGCACUACGUUUUGUCCAGAGCCUCAUAAGCUCUCAUAGGGCUUUGGUCAAAAGUAGUGCACUACAUAGGGAAUAGGGUGUCAGUUCAGAUUGUCCCCUUUAUAAAUGUAGUUGUAUGUGAUGGAGUUAACUUUCCCAGAUUUACUGCCUAGUCCUUCAUCCCAGGAAUCUUUUUCUAGGAAAGUUACAACCCUAGAUGGAGCAGAGGCUUAUGGGAUAUGGAGUUUAAGCAAGCCUGUCAUUAUCUGGCUGUAUUUUAAGACUGGAAGGAGAGAGCAUGGUUCACUUGAUUAUUUUUUGAUAAAAAUAAAUAAUUGAAAGAUUCA